GAUUUCCAAGGAUAAGUUAAAAUCUUUAUUUUGUAUUUUUUUUUCUGGGUUUUUAUUUUUCGAGGCCUGAUGAUGCGAGUGAGGAAGAGGGCUAUGGCUUAAAGAUUCUCCGAGGCUACAGACGCUAUAUACCAUUCGAAUUCGCCAUGGCUAUGGCCUCUCAGAUUUCAGCUUCUUGUACAUGUUUGUGUUCUUCGUUAGCAGCGAGUACGAAGUCUCAUCUUUUAACCUUUCCUUCUCUUAAAUCUUACCACAAAGCCUCGAAAUUCGAUCAAUCCCUAUGGAUUUCUCAUCUGGGUUCUUCUCAUUUCUCGCCGUACAUUGGUCUAAAGCAUCUGGGCAUCUCAAUCUCGCGGAGAUCUUCAAAGACAGAGAAGAAGAGAAGGUGUAAAGGUAUGGUGGUUCGAGCAUCUCUUUUUGGAGUUGGAGCACCUGAGGCUUUGGUAAUUGGUGUAGUUGCUUUGUUAGUGUUUGGUCCUAAAGGCCUGGCUGAGGUUGCUCGGAAUCUCGGGAAAACUCUCCGCGCCUUUCAGCCCACGAUUAGAGAGCUUCAGGAUGUUUCAAGAGAAUUCAAAAGUACCCUCGAGCGUGAAAUUGGCCUUGAUGAUAUAUCGGCACCAAACAUGUACAACUCCAACAGAAUGAACUAUGGUCCACCUACUCCAUCAGUCCCGAGCACUGAAGACCCUCCAGUUGUGAAAGAUCCAAAUGGUGAGACAUUGCCGAAAGCUUACACAACGGAGGAUUACUUGAAAAUCACGGAAGAACAGCUGAAGGCCUCAGCUGUUCAACAGCCCGAGCAGCCAUCUUCUCCCGGCCAAAUUCGACCCGAGGAUCAGAUUCAGGGUCAAGAAUCCGCGGCUUUGCAAACACCGCCUUCUGGAGAUAAUAUCCAGCCUCCAUCACAAGCUCAGCCCAAAGGAACAGAGAAAGAAACUGUGGAGGAAAGCCUUCCAACCCAAGAUUCCAAGCGUCCAAAUUGACUUUCUAAUGCGAUUUUGAUCCGCCAGAGGGAGACGAAGCACUUAGCUCAUUAUCACAUAUCAAGCUGUUAGCGUGUUCUUGUAGAAUUGAUCUGACGUUGCUUUAUGUAAGAUUCUCGAUUCUUUGCUUAGUGGAUGGCAGCAAACAUCAACUCUUUAAUGGGCCGUAAAUGGGCUUUCUAUU